CUGGGUCUGCCACCUGCUGGGCCCAGCCCAAUGGGCCCCCUAGCCUAAUGCCUGAGUGGAGAGGCUGGGGGCUCGAUCCAGCUGCCGGGCUUUGCCCUGGGACGCGCUGGGCUCCGGGCGGGUUUGAUGCACCGGGAGCCUGGUUCUCGCGCUCUCGCUGGUGGGACCAAAGCGUGGCCGGCUCCAGCUCGUUACCUUUCCCCCUAAUCGAUUCCCUGCCCCUCCCGCCCCAGUCCUGCUCCGCUCCGGCCGCCGCAGCUGCGGCAUCCAAACCCCCUCGGGCACGUCACUUCCUUGCAAACUUUCCCGAGGAAAUGUCUCUGCCAAAGUUGUUUUUCUUCAAAGAAGCUCGGCUCCGGGGCUGUGUCCUCGCCCUCUGACUGGGGAGGAUUUCCCGGCCGUGCAGGCUGCUUGCAUGUCAAGCUUCCUGUGUUUGUCACACAGACCGACAGCCAUGGACGGACCCGCUGGCAAGGGCUGAGCUGGGUCGGGGCCGUUAGCUCUGCAAAAAUCGAUCAAGAGCAUCCACCCGGCUCCUGCAGCGCCCCGUCCCCGCCCCCCCGGGAGAAACGCCUGCACCGGCCGCGGCUUCUCCUGCGCCGCCACUGACUUCAGCCCGGUGAAGUUUCCCGGGACCCCGGAUCAUGGCCAGGGACUACACCGCUAAGAGCCUGGACAACAUCGACCUGGCUGCGCUCCGGGACCCAGCAGGGAUAUUUGAACUGGUGCAAGUAGUUGGAAAUGGGACAUAUGGACAAGUCUAUAAGGGCCGCCACGUUAAGACAGGACAACUAGCCGCAAUCAAGGUUAUGAAUGUUACUGAGAACGAGGAAGAAGAAAUCAAACUGGAAAUAAAUAUGUUAAAGAAAUAUUCUCAUCACCGGAAUAUUGCGACAUAUUAUGGAGCAUUUGUAAAGCAGAGUCCUGCAGGUCAGGAUGAUCAGCUCUGGUUGGUGAUGGAAUAUUGUGGAGCUGGCUCUGUAACAGAUUUGGUAAAGAAGACAAAAGGUAACUGUUUCAAGGAGGACUGGAUUGCGUAUAUCUGCAGAGAGGUUCUCAGGGGUUUGGCACAUCUUCAUAUUAAUCACGUUAUCCACCGAGAUAUUAAAGGACAGAACGUUCUCUUAACAGAAAAUGCAGAAGUAAAACUAGUGGAUUUUGGGGUAAGCGCUCAACUGGAUAGGACGAUUGGGAGAAGAAAUACAUUCAUCGGAACUCCCUAUUGGAUGGCGCCCGAGGUCAUAGCUUGCGAGGAGAACCAAGACUCAACAUAUGAUUACAGAAGUGACUUGUGGUCUCUGGGAAUCACAGCUAUAGAAAUGGCAGAAGGAGCUCCUCCCCUGUGUGAUAUGCAUCCCAUGAGAGCUCUCUUUCUCAUUCCACGAAACCCUCCCCCAAAACUGAAAUCCAGAAAAUGGUCCAAGAAAUUUCUUAAUUUUGUUGAAAGUUGCCUAGUUAAAAAUUACUUGCAUCGUCCAUCCACUGAAACUUUGCUUAAGCAUUCCUUUAUCCGAGACAUGCAGAAUGAACGGCAAGUUCGCAUCAUGCUGAAAGACCACCUGGACAGGACCAGGAAGAAAAAGGGAGAGAAAGACGAAACAGAGUAUGAGUAUACUGGAAGUGAGGAAGAAGAUGAUGAACUGGAUGAAGAUGAAGGAGAACCAAGUUCCAUAGUUAAUAUCCCUGGUGAAUCAACGCUCCGUCGUGAAUUUCUGAGGCUGCAGCAGGAGAACAAAAAUCGGUCUGACCCUCAUCGACAGCAGCAGUUCCAGCAGCAGCAGCUAAAGGACCAGGAGAAAUACAAAAAGCAGCUGCAGGCAGAGCGGCAGAAACGAAUCGAGCAAGAAAAAGAGCGGAGGAAGAGGCUGGAGGAUCAUCAGAAGAGAGAAGAAGAGCUCCGGAAGCAGCAAGAAUGUGAGCAGAGAUGGCCAGAAAUUAAGGCAGUUCAGCGCAGAGAUGAAAAGUGUGAAGAUGACAAGAGAUUUGUUGAUGAGGAAAUGUGCAAAGUGGACGGACAGAGGAAAUCAGAAAGGAAGCAGAAAAAGGUGGAAGAAGUGCAACACAAUAAGAAGUUACAUCGGACUCUUCCCAAAGAUCAGACCCAACUGCUGUCUCUUCAGCACGACCACAAGCAAAAGAAGAAAGAGCUUCCAAAGAGCUCGAGUUCAGCAUCACAGCCUCCGCCAAGCAGUACAAGCAAAGAGGCCGAGGACAGAAAGAAGAAAAAUGAUGGGAUACAGACUCAUCUCAGCUGGGCAGCAGUUCUUGGACACGAAGCCACGCCACAUACGAGACUAGGUUCUGGCAGUAGUUCCAGUCCUUGCACCCCAGCUUUGCAAAGAGCGGUGCUAGCACAGAGUGAAAACCUCCGGACCAGUAGAGACGUAUACCACAGCAGUUCACUGUCAGACAUGGUGAUAACACCACUGAGCCCAGGACAGGAUGAUGUAUUCUGGAGUGUUUGUCAAAAUGAAGAGCAGCCUCCAAAGGUUCCAGAAAGAACAACCUCUAAAUUUUACAGCAAGGAUCAUCUUGGCCGUCAAAGAUGUCCUUCAAGUAACGUGCAGCAGCCAUCCCCAGGGGGACAUGCUCUGAAACUAAAUAGCAGCAGCAGCUCUCCUGGCAGCAGGCAAUGGGAGAUGGGAUCUCAUCUCAGCAAAAGAUCAACCUCAGGCUCGUCCAAGGCAGAGAGCCCACUGUCCCAGAACCACCCGCAGCAGUGCAAGAAGUCUGAAAAUGCUCCUCACCCGGCCCAGUUUUCAAGUCCAGCCUUCUUCGCCAAAGGGAAAGACGGUGCCAACAUGUUCUCCACAGUAGCAGAAUAUUCAUCAUCCAGUGAUGAACUGCUCAGCAGCGAUGAUGAUGAUACGAUUCACACAAGGCAACUGCUAAGUAAUGGAAUGGCAGAUUUCUCAAGGACAAGAGUUCCAGAUGGAAUUGAACUCAAACCCCAAAGCAUCGUAAUAGAACAGAAGAAUCAUAUUGCAGAGAAACAAAGUUGUAGCACCCAGGAAGGACUCUGGAGCAUACACAACCAGAACUAUCUCCUGCCGGAUCUCCUACAGCAAAGCCAAAUUUCAGACUCCUCGGCGAACCAGCAAAAAGUUACCCAGAAUAGUCAAGGACCUCAGAACAAAUCUGUAAAUAAUAAGACAUCAAGUGCUGAAAGUACACCCUCAAAGGGCAGUUCAUCAUCUACAACAUCCUUUACUUCGUUCAUAGAUCCUAGACUACUACAAAUCUCACCUCCCAGCAGUCCAGCAGGGCCUACUUGUAGCUCUCCAUCUAGCCCCAAACCAGAGCCUAUUAGAAGAGGGAAUGCAAGGAAAGGCUCUGUUGUCAAUGUCAACCCCACAAAUAUCCGGCCACAGAGUGACAGUCCAGAAAUUCGCAAAUACAAGAAGAAAUUUAAUUCAGAGAUCCUGUGUGCUGCUCUGUGGGGAGUAAAUUUACUGGUGGGGACGGAGAAUGGGUUAUGGCUGCUGGACCGAAGUGGACAAGGAAGGGUUUACUCACUGAUCACAAGGAGACGAUUCCAGCAAAUGGAUGUUCUGGAAGGACUCAAUGUGCUAAUCACCAUAUCAGGCAAAAAGAAUAAGCUGAGGGUGUAUUAUUUAUCCUGGCUGAGAAACAAGAUUCUGCGCAAUGAUCCAGAGGUGGAGAAGCGGCAAGGCUGGGUGUCCGUGGGAGACCUGGAAGGCUGCGUGCACUACAAAGUCGUGAAAUAUGAGAGAAUCAAAUUUCUUGUUAUUGCGUUGAAAAGCUCCGUGGAGGUGUACGCUUGGGCUCCAAAGCCCUAUCACAAAUUUAUGGCUUUUAAGUCAUUCACUUCACUUCAUCACAAACCACUGUCAGUUGACCUGACAGUUGAAAAUGGACAAAGAUUAAAAGUGAUCUAUGGCUCGCAAGUGGGAUUUCACGCUAUCGAUGUGGACUCUGGGUCUGUGUAUGACCUGUACUUGCCAACUCAUAUCCAGGGGACUAUUCACCCACAUGCCAUUAUUAUCCUCCCUAAUACCAAUGGAACAGAACUUCUACUCACCUAUGAAGAUGAAGGAGUCUACCUUGAUAUAUAUGGGCACUUCACAAAGGAAACUGUUUUACAGUGGGGAGAAAUGCCAGCAUCUGUAGCUUAUCUGCAGUCUAACCAGGUCAUGGGUUGGGGAGAGAAGGCUAUCGAACUGCGUUCCGUGGAAACAGGAAAUUUGGAAGGUGUAUUUAUGCACAAGAAAGCACAGAAGCUAAAAUUUCUAUGUGAAAGAAAUGACAAGGUAUUCUUUGCAUCUGUACAAUCUGGAGGCAGCAGUCAAAUUUACUUUAUGACACUUGGACAAAACGUCCUAUUCAACUGGUAAAUCCCAUCAGACUGAAGGAUGUUUUGAAGGUUCCCAGUAGAUACAAGCAGUGUAAAAUGCUGGAAGGUUAUACACUUAAAUUUGCACUUUUUACCUACAAGAAACUGGUCAUUAUUAACUUAUCAAAAUUCAUAUUCCUCAAGUUGUGGAAGAAUUCCAUUCUCUUGUCAAACUAUUGCAAAUAUGUUUAGUUCUCUCUUUUAAAAAUAUGGUGCAAACCAAGACUGAAUGCACAAUGUAGCAAAGAGCAACUGUCAUGGAAAAUGUAGCCAAUAUAGCAGGUUGCUUGUACUCUGAAAAGCGUACAAUUUCUUUUGCACAAAUAUUGUAAUUUUAUUAUUUUGAACUUGAGUCUUUCUCUGUGGACAGCAAUAUCUAUAUGUAGAUUUAUAGUAUAAAGUACACACAUAUGUUAUGAGCUGGAAUUCCUCUGAUUUUGAAUUACUUUUGCUUGUUUCACUUUUUUCUUUUAACAGUUUCACCCAAAGGCAAUUGUCCAAGUCUGAAACAGUAACUAUUCACAAGGAGUUAAUGCAGACUUGGACAGUUAGGGAUGGAUUUGCCUUGAGAAGCAUGGGUGUGCAUCACUGUAGAGCUUGUAGAGUCAGCUACUGUAUACAUAGGCACCUGUACAGUAACGGAGUUUACAAAACGCAUAAGGCUGAUUCCUUGUAUGCCUCUGGACAAGAUUGAGCCCUUAGACACAGUUACUGUAGAAUGUAUUUGUAAAAAUAUUUUAAAUAGCAAUUUGUUCGAACAUAUAUACACGAAGCAUGAUGGGCCUGAUCAUGUAGGUUUUACUCAUACAAGUAGCCCUUACUCAUGUAAGUUGAUUUCAAUGAGACUAUCCAUGUAUAUAAAUAAGGGUGUAGGAUCAGGGACUCUGUCUUUGCAUGAUUCCUCAUUCCUGCUGAUUCAACAACAGGCUUACAUUUGUUGGCUUGUAAAUACGCUCUUUCCAAAAUGGAUGGCAUGGUUAACAAAAGUAUUCUUAAUACAGCUAUAAAAAUAUCCAGAGAACCAAUUAAUUAUAAAAGACUGAAUUUCAGGCCCUCUUUCUAUUCUAGUUACUUCAAAAUAAAUCUGCACCCCCUAGUGGCAUUAAUUUCUAUCAUAAAACACUGUUCUCAGGGGCUUAAUAUCAGAGACAUGCUAGGGUUAAACGUUAAGGUUUAAAUGUACAAUCAUUACUUAGCUAAUGUUUGUGCAGUGCUUUGAAAAUGUCAAGGGCUAUAUAAAUGUAAAGUGCUAAGUAUGGCUAUAUAUAAUAAUAAACUCAAUACACAAGAUCUCAGUCUAGACCAAACUGUAUGGAAAAAGAAAAAGGAAAUCAUUAGCUACAGUAUUUAAAAACUAUUACCAUUUUUAACUUGAAAUGUGUGAGACUGGAAGGGGAAGUGGUAUUGCAAUAUCUGAUCUUCUACCUCUACUAUGAUUGAAAAUUGACCAAAUGAAAGUUGUUAGCAACCGACGGCUCUUCCGCACCCUAUGUGCAAUGAGGUUAGUGGUCCCGGUGACAGGUGUUCACGUAGCAAAACCACCACCAUAAUAUGCACCUUGUUAUGUACUCUCAGCAGAGAACUAGAUGGGCCUGGAUGCUGAUCAGCACUCUCACCCACUGCUGGUGAUCCCUCGAAGGCUGAGGCAUGCAGGCAGGAUAGUGCUCAUGGUGUGUGCGCACUUCCGCUGUCCAUGUUCUUUGGCUAACUGGAGGACGGCAGUCUCCAUGGCUGUCAAUCCAGCUCAUUUCGUAAGGAUUAGUUCCGCUCAGACUGUAUAGUGGAGUUUUAAACAUUAAAUAUUCACAUCUCAAAUAGGUAGGUAUUGAUUUACAAGAGUUCAAAACCAAGGCCAUGUCAAAGUUGGGAGGGCAUCUGCACACCCAAAUGGCCAAUUGUGCGCCCAAAUUUAGGCUCUGAUCCACAGUGAGUUGGGACGGCUGUGCCCAGGCACAGCUGCAUUUAAAUCAAGGGGUCUCUGUGUGGGCACAGCACUCCACCCGUCUGCUGUCAAUUGCAGGAUUGAGGCCAUAAUAAUUGCAUGAGCAAAAUAGCAACAACAACAAAAAUGACAUGUGGUCCUGGGCUUCUAUGCCACUGAACAUUGGACUCCGUUUACUCAGCUUUCAAAAAAAGAAAAGAAACAAAAAAAGAAAAAGCUGCAAGUUAAAAUAAAUAUAUAUAUAUACAGGCUAAUAGACCAGCAAUAAGUCAAAAAUAUCAUUUACUUUUCAUGUCUUUUAAAAAGCUGAAAUACUGUGAAGAGAGGACAUCUUUCAUCAUGUAUCCCAUGGGUGUGCAAAACCUGUUAUUAAAAUGCUCUUGCUCUAGCACGAAUCUGUGAUCCCGGCUGCCCUGUAUACUUCAAAAUGUGUGCUUAUCAUAUCAGCCUCUGCAUUACAUGAGGCAUGUGAUUUCUGAACAUCUUGGUGCCAAGUGUUAGGAGGCAGGUUUUCCUGACACCAGGCACUAAUUCAAAAGAGUUUAGCACAUAACACUGGGAGCUUGGAACAGCCCAUACUAUGAGAUUAAAGAAGCAAAUGUGAUUAAACUUUUUUCGCAUGUAUUGUAACAGAAAAAUGUGAUAGUGAGUUGACCUACUGUAAACCUGUUUAGAGCCAUACAAAAAGAAAAAAAAGCUGAUCUUUUGAGAGCGAGAGAGCCCAUAGCUGUAUUAAGUGUUUAAUCUCACAUUUUGUCUCCACUCCCUUAGUUCAAAUUCUUCUAUAUGUGGUGGAAGACAUUAACAGCCAGGUUCUCCUCUCUAAGUUGCACCCAUGUCAAUAUGGAGAAAAUCUGGCCCAAAGAGAGAAACAUUUUUAAGGGAUUUAGAAGUGGAAUUCCAAUUAAUAAUGAGAGCUAGGCGUAGCAUGGAGAAAAUGUAGGUGUAAGAGGUCAAUCAAGACCAAAGAAAAGAUUAGAGUGGCUGAAGAGGACAGAGAGUGAAGAUGUCCAGAGCCUUAGUUGAAGAAUGAAGAAGGGAAAGUAGCUGAAGAAAGUGAAUAGAAGUAGCUGAAGAGAGGAAAUAGAAGAUGUCCAGAAAAGUGGCUAAAAUAUGAAGGUUUGGAGAGGUUUGAGUUAGUUAAGGAGAGGAGAGUAGAGUGUCUAAUGAUCAAGAGAUAUCCACAGUGGUUGGAAGGGUUUAUUUGGAGGGAGAUACUGAAAAACUGCUGAAGCUCAAAGCAAAUAAGAUUUAGGAGAUUGGAGAGAAAAGUUUGAGACCCAAAGUAAUUUUUAAUGCCAUGAAUUUAACUAUGCAGAAUAAAUCUAAUUGUCAGACUCACUUUGUUCGGAGUUCUGUUUUUUCUCCAACUUCAUUUAGUCAUUUGCUUAAUUUUAUUAAUUAUAUUCUUAAAAGCAAGGAAGUGAGCUGUUAGAUUGUUUCUUUUGUGUAAUCAUUUUGUUAUGAAUAAAAUACUGUAGGAGGAGAUAGCCAACACAUUAAGCUGUGCAAUCUAGUUAUGCCAUCAGUUUUCUUAUGACACAUAGGGUUGCCAAUAUUCAUAUUUGCAUACAGGAGUCUGAGCUAAUAUGCCAUCAAGGCACUAUUUUAUGUGACUAUAGUGUAUACAUUUUAGACAUUUUAAACCAUAUUCUUCAAUUUAUACCCUGACUCAUGACUUUAAAAACUGGGAACAACCAAGCUGACUAUGUACUGUACAUUGGGUAUGUGGGUUUUUUCUUUUCAUUGUUAUCUUAUGUUCAAAUUGUACAUUUGAAAAAGCAAUAAUAAAACAGUACACAGAAAAACAAAA